AUGAAUACGGUGACCUUAGCCCAGGAAGGAGUGUUUCAGAAUGAUCCGAAGGAAUGUAUAGAAUUUCUGAGGAAACAUCGCCUGUUAGCAGAUCACAUGGUUUGUCCGAAUUGUAAUGAAGAAAUGCGUGAAGAAAGGUUCAGAAGCCGCAAUAAGAUAGAGUACAGAUGGAGAUGCAAAAAGACGGUAUGUCGAACCAUAAUAACGAUUCGGAAGAACUCUAUUUUUGAAGGGAGUAAGGCCAAUUUAAGAGACCUAGUAUUACUAAUGUAUUAUUGGGCAAACGAAUUCGAUCAAGAACGGAUUUCAAAUGAAACAGGAUUGUCAGACAGGACAAUUGCGGAAUGGGAAAAGCUUUUGAGGGGAGUGUGUUCUAGGGACUUGGACAUGAAGGGUCGACUCAUAGGAGGUAUUGGAAGAACGGUAUCCAUCGAUGAGACGCAGAUAGUAAGAAGAAAUGCUUCAAGUAACCGCGGGAGCAGACCGGUGAAGGCCUUGUGGUUGCUGGGUGGCGUAGAAAGUUCCUCAAAGAAGUUAUUCCUAGAACUGGUUCCCGAAGAGACGGGGCGCACGGCUCCAACCAUGCUAAGACUUAUAGCCAAAAAUGUAGCGAGGGGGACCCGCAUAUGGACAGAUCAAUUUCCCUCCUAUAAUAAACUAGAGCAAAUGGGGAUGGGAUACAUUCAUGAAACAGUAAAUCAUAGCAUAGAGUAUGUUUCCCCUAUGGGUGUUCACACGAACGAAAUUGAGAGUUUGUGGGGUGAAAUUAAAAAGAGGUUUAGAGCCAUGAACGGGGUAGCCAGGCAUAUGGUCCAGAGCUAUUUGGACGAAUGGGUUUGGAAAAGGCAAUUUACAAAAUCGAGAUAUUUUUCUGAAAUAUUGAGAGCAAUAGCUAACAAUCCCCUUUAUAAAAUUGAUUAG